CCGGUUGAAAGACUUUUCCGACUCUACUUUAUUUCAUUUCAUUUGUCCUCUGAAUUGAUUUUUGCAGCAGCUUCUGUGUUGUCACUCUCCACCCUCUCAUUUUGGUUUUAUUUUGCUCCACUUCUCAAAACAAAAAGAAAGAAAGAGAUUGAUACUUUCUACUUUACGCCAUUAAAUUUCGUUGCAGUCAUCUCUUAGUUUGGUUCUGCUUUGCUCGAUCCAGUUCUUUUUUUUAAAAAAAAAAAAAAAUCAAACUUUUUACCUUAAUUUUCGUUGCAGUUUUUUGUGUUAGUAUCCUAUCAUUUUAGUUGAGUCUGCUCCACUUUUCCAAAAAAGAAAAAAAAAAAAAAAGUAGUUAAGUAUUUUAAGCUUCUCACCCCUGCUCUCAUUUACUAUAGCGAUUAUCCUUGAUCUGUGAAGUUAUAGAAGAAAAACCUACAAAAAUUGUAGUGUGAAGGAGAGAGUUUGUUUGCUCUGUUUUACAUAUCAAGGUUUAUAACGAAGGGAAAAGAAGAAGGUAUCGUCACGAUUACUGCUACUCAGCACAGUGACUGUCCGAGUGGAAAACAAUACAAGCUGCUUUGGAAUAGUUUGAUAUCCUAAAGAGAGAGUGAGUAUCCUUGAUCUGUGAAGUCAUAGAAGAGAAAUCUACAAAAAUUGUAGUGUGAAGGAGAGAGUUGGUUUGCUCUGUUUUACGUAUCAAGGCUUAUAACGAAGGGAAAAGGAGAAGGUAUCGCCAACCGUUCACGAUUACUGCUACUUAGCACAGUGACUGUCCGAGUGGAAAAUAAUACAAGCAGGCUGCUCUGGAAUAGUUUGAUAUCCUAAAGAGAGAGUGAUUAUCCUUGAUCUAUGAAGUCAUAAAAGAGAAAUCUAUAAAAAUUGUAGUGUGAAGGAGAGAGGUUGUUUGCUUUGUUUUACAUAUCAAGACUUGUAACGAAGGGAAAAGGAGAAGGUAUAGCCAACUGUUCACGGUUACUGCUACUCGGCAAAGUGACGGUCCGAGUGGAAAACAAAACAAGUUGCUCUGGAAUAGUUUGAUAUCCUAAAGAGAUAGCUUUCUUGUGUAUCGCACUCACGGCACGCGUGAAGACGGUAGAAGACCAUUAUCUUCAUUAAUAUUCCAAAGAUAGAGACAGCAGCCCAACCCAAAAUAGCAGAUCUAUAUAUAGAAGCAAAAAAUGGAGGCUCUUACGAAGAUCGUAGAAGUGGUCGUUGAAAAAAUUGUGGAUUACACAAUUACAGCAGUCGGACGUCAGAUGGGUUAUCUGAUUCGCUACAAAAAAAAUGUUAACGAUCUCAAGAACGAAGUUGCCGAUCUCGAAGAUACUAGAGGUGAUGUGCAGCGUAAGGUUCAAGCUGCUAGUUACAAUGUAGAAGAAAUUGAAGCUGAAGUCCAGAGGUGGCUGACACGUGUUCAGGGGAUCAAUACAGAGGUACAAGAAUUUUUUGAAGAGGAAGGUCAAGCAAAGUUGAAGUGUUUUAAUUUGAAGGCCCGUUAUCAGAUUGGAAGAAAAGCACACAAGAUGGGAUUGGUCGUCAAGGAACUCAAGGAUAAGGCGGACACGUUCCAUACAGUAGGCCAUCGUGUCCCUAUUGGAGGGAGUCCUAUAAUUUCUACUAAAGGUUAUGAGGACUUUGAAUCAAGAAAAUCAAUUUUUGACGGAGUUAUGAAGGCUUUAAGAGAUGAAAAUAUUCCUGCCAUUGGGGUUUGUGGGAUGGGCGGCUUGGGCAAGACCAUGCUUGUUGGCAAAGUUGCUACACAAGCCAAAGAAGACAAGUUAUUUGAAAGGAUUGUUACAGUAGUUGUAUCCCAAACUCCAAACUUGAAACAGAUUCAGAAAGACAUUGCAAAACAAUUACAAAUAUCGGAGUUUCAAGAUGAGGAUGCUGAUUUUCAAAAAGCACAUUUGCUACGUGAGCGGUUGAAGAAAGAGAAGAUUCUUUUGAUUAUAGAUGAUAUUUGGGACGAGCUUGACUUGGAUGCUCUUGGAAUUUCUUUUGGGGAUGAUCACAAAGGAAGCAAACUAUUGCUAACGUCUAGAUUUCGAGAUGUAUUAGGCAUGUAUAUGGAUGUACGAGAGAUAUUCUAUGUUGGAGUUUUAUUAAAUAGUGAAGCAGAAUUCUUGUUUUCGAAGAUAGUGGGUGAUUUAGCUGAAAACUUGAAUUUACAAUCUACCAUGGUUGAGGUUGUCAAAGAAUGUGCAGGCUUACCUAUUGCAAUUACAACAAUUGCAAAUGCAUUGAAAAAUAAAAAGAACCCAAAUGUUUGGAAGGUUGCAUUGCGACAGUUAAAAAAGGCAAAUCCAACACAGAUCAAAGGGAUGCAUGAGAAGGUAUACUCGAGUAUAAAGUUUAGUUACAAUUUUUUAAGUAAGGAAGCGCAAUUUUUAUUCUUGUUCUGCAGUUCAUUUGAAGAAGAUAUGGUCAUACGAAUAGAUCUCUUAUGGAGAUAUUUGGUGGGUUUGGACUUCUUUGAAGAUGUUUAUAAAAUGGAAGACAUGAGAAAUAUGGUCCAUGCAUUGGUCGAAAGUCUAAAAGAUUCUUGCUUGCUGUUAGAAGCUUAUGGAAGUGGUACAUUUAAAAUGCAUGACGUCAUUCGUGAUGUUGCCAUUUAUAUUGCAGACAAAGAAAAGAAAAUGUUAACCAUAAGAAGUUCAGAUGAUUCGGAAAAAUGGUCUAAUAUGAGAAAACUAAAAGAUUCCAUUGGAAUUGCACUUUUUGAAGCCAAGUUUAGCGAGCUUCCGAAAAGGUUGGAAUGUCCACAACUGAACUUCAUUAUUUUGGGUGAUAAAGAAAAUUCUUUGCCGAUUCCUAAUCACUUUUUUGAAGGGGCGAAAAAUCUAAAAGUUUUAGUUUUGAUGAGACCAAGUCUCCCACUUCCUUCAUCCCUUUCACUUCUUCAGAACCUCCAGACAUUGGUUUUGCUUGAGUGUGAGUCAGAAGAUUUGGCUUUAAUCAGAGAAUUGAAGAAUUUGAAAGCUCUUGUCCUACUUGACUCUGAGAUUAAGCAGUUACCCAUGGGAAUAAGGCAAUUGACUCACCUUCAAUUGUUGGAUUUGAGAAGGUGCACCAAACUUGAAGUCAUUCCAUCAAAUGUACUAUCAAACUUGAAAAACUUAGAAGAAAUACAUAUGAAUCAUAGCUUUAAUCAAUGGCAAGUUGAUGGAGAAAUUACAGAAAGAAGUAAUGCUAGAAUCUCAGAGUUAGAUCAUUUGUCACAGUUGACCACAUUAUGUAUACAUAUUCCGAAUCCUAAGGUUCUACCAAAAGCCUUGCUUUUUGAUAAGCUGGAAAGAUAUGAAAUAUUAAUUGGCCCUAAUUGGGAUUGGGAUAGUAAUAGUCAUGUUGAGUUUGAAAUCUCAAGAACAUUGAAACUUGACCUUGAUAGAAGCUUUCAAGAAGAGGAUGGAAUUAAAAUUUUAUUGAAAAGUUGUGAAUAUCUCAAGUUGGCUCCUGGGAAGGGUAUUAAAAAUAUUCUUUAUGAAGUUGAUAAGAAAGGUUUUCCUCAAUUAAAGCAUCUUUAUGUUCAAAAUGGCAUUGAGAUUCAAUACAUCAUUGACUCAAUAGAGUUUCAAUGUGUUGCCUUUCCUGUUUUAGAGUUACUUUCUCUUGUGAAUAUGAUCAAUUUGGAAAAGAUAUGCCACAACCAACUUGCAAUGGGGUCUUUCCAAAAUUUGAGAAAGUUAGAAGUGAGAAAUUGUGAUAAUUUGAUAUUUGUGUUCUCCUCAACUUUGCUCGGAUGCUUUUCGCAACUCCAAGAAAUAAAGAUUGAGAAUUGCAAGGUAAUGAGUGCAAUUGUUGCAAAGGAAGGAAAACAUGGGAUACAGGUCGAUGACGACAUCAUAAUGGACUUUACUCAAUUACGCUCUUUAAAUCUAGAAGAUCUACCAAAUUUAAUGGGCUUCUGUUCUGAUGCUGAUUCUCAACCACUUUUCAACAAGAAGGUUGCCUUUUCUAACUUGGAGAAAUUAUUCAUCAACCGCAUAAAUACCCUGAAGAUGUUGUGGCACAACCAACUUGUUCCAGAUUCCUUUUGCAAACUAAACCAAUUGCGUGUUGAUCAAUGUGAAAAUCUAAUGAACAUUUUUCCGCCUAAUAUGUUGAGAAGACUCCAGAAUCUUGAAGACUUGCGGAUAAGAAAUUGCAAUUUGGUAGAAGAGGUAUUUGAGGUUAGACGGGCUAAUGUUGAUGAAAUAUAUGAGAAGGGAUCAACUCAAUUGAAAGUCCUGAAUUUAGUCAAUCUACCAAAACUAAAGCAUGUAUGGACUUCCGAUCUGGAAACAAUUUUAACAUUUCAAAAUCUACGUCAAGUUGAAGUUUCUAAAUGUAAAACUCUGAAAAGUCUUUUUCCAAUCUCAGUGGCAAAAAGUCUUGAACAACUUGAGAGUCUACGUAUAAAUGAUUGUGGAUUAAUGGAGGAAAUUGUUGCUUUGGAAGAAGAAUUGGAAACAACGACUAAGUUUGUGUUCCCACGAAUAACCUCUCUAAGUCUUCAAUUGUUGCCUGAACUCAAGUAUUUCUAUCCCGGAAAGCACACUUCAAAGUGGCCAUCAUUGAAAAUUUUGACAUUACGCAAAUGCAACAAAGUGAGGAUUGUUGCUUCGAAUGAAUUAAGCUUCCCAAAUACGGAUGGGUUGGGCCAUCAUGUUCCAGUUCAACAGCCCCUCUUUCUUAUUCAAAAGGAUACAUUCCCUAACUUGAAAGAAUUGGAUUUGGAUUGGAAUGAAACCAUGAUUCAGACAAAUGGUCGACUUUUUGGAGAGUUCUUUUGCAAACUAGAAGUUCUCAGAUUGUACGGCAAAGAUGAUAAAUUGAUAGCAGUCCCUUCGGUAUUUGUUGAAGGAUUACGCUAUCUUAAGUCUCUUUCCGUCACUAAUCUUUUCUUCGAUAACGAAGGACAAUAUGCUGGGACGUUUGAACGUUUGACAGAGUUGAAUCUAUAUAAAAUGCCCAAGUUGAUGCUUUUGUGGAAGGAAAACUCUGAACAAGGUAGGGCAUUUCAAAAUUUGGAGAAUCUGACAGUAUCAGAAUGCGGCAGAUUAAAAAAUUUAGUGCCAUCCUCAAUGCAUUUCCGAAAUUUAAACACUUUGAAUGUUUGGAAAUGUCAUGGGUUGAUUAGUUUAGCAACUUCCUCAACAGUCAAAAGUUUGGUCCAACUCAAAAAAUUGGAUUUAUAUGGAUGCAAAAGAAUGAGAGAAAUAGUCACAAACGAGGGAGAAGGUGAAGCAGGAGAUGAGAUUUGUUUCAAUCAAUUGAAUUCUUUGUGGCUUGAUGAUUUACCCACUCUAAGAAGCUUCCACUUGGGUAAUCGCACCAUCAAAUUCCCAUCACUGGAAUAUCUAUAUGUGACCAGAUGCCCGGAAAUGAAGAUCUUCUCAAAUGGAUUCCUAAGCAUGCCGAAGCUAAAGAAAAUUGGACUGGACGAAAACAAAUGGUUGCCAAAGCGAAGAGAACUGUUACCAGAGGAAGAUGUGAAUAGCGCCAUAAAAAGAUUUUGGGAGGAAAACUAUGAUCCAUGCGUGCAACAACUAUUCACUGAGAAGACUGAUGCAAGCACAAGUGAGGCAGGAGAGAAAAAUGGUGUUGAUAACUUGGAGGAUGACUUAAAGGAAGAUUAAUCUUUAAAUUUAUUAAUGAUUCAAUUCUAGAACAUUAUAAAUAAUUUAUAUUGUAGUUGUUCAAUGUAGGUUCUAUAAGGUUCUAUUGUUGAACAUGUGAUGUAGUCUUUUUCUUUUUUGGGGGGUGUCAUGUAGACUUUAUUGGAUUGGACCAAAAAGUUUGCCGGAAUGUAUUGGUGUGUUGUGUAUAAGCCAUAAGGUUGAGACUCGUGUAGACUCAUAGUAGCUUUGUCAUGGGGCUUUGGAGCUAAGACAAGGCUAUUGUAUAGUCCAAGAAAUCAUACAAAGUUUUAUUAGUGAAACUGGUUGUUUCGUAGACAAAUAA